AUGAAGGAGUUCGGUAUGGAGCGUAAACUUUCCAACGUCUUCGAACUCUUAUAUCCAGGCCAUGACCUAAUUGGUCAUAAUCAUCGAGCUCUCCCUGACUGUCAGCAGACCAUGCUGGUUUUGGAUGCCUUCGAUGAAUUCUGCAAACCAAACGAGGAGCGGAAAUCAGAAUGGAAGUUAGAGACUCUUGUAGAGAGGUUCAGCGCUGUGGCAGUGCAAGCUACUUCGGUCUCCGCCAAGCGGCGAAGGGCUAGCUCAACGGAGCGAGAGGACGCCGAAGGACCUUCAGGCCCCAAGCGUACGAGACUGUCAUCCAAGAUGCGAUGA